AUGGGUGGUUCCAGCAGCUUCCUCUGCCCGGGGGCAAGGAAGGAAGUCCCACCGCCUCCCCGGGCUGAUUCCCACAGCAGCAGCAGCAGCGUGGCCGCCACCGCGGCACGAACCUUGGCCUUCGACGAGCUCGCCGCGGCGACCAGAAACUUCAGAGACGACUUCCGCAUCAUUCGGCAGCAUGCCUUUGAUCCUAGUGGAUCAUCAUCAUCAUCAUCAUCAUCAUCAGAGCAACUCAACAAGGAGUUUCUUGCCCGUGUCCUGACGCUGAGCUCGCUGCGCCACCCGAAUGUCGUCAACCUCGUUGGCUUCUGCGCGGACGGCAAUCGCGGGAUCUUGGUUCACGAGUACAUGCCAUUGGGUUCUCUCCAAAAUCACCUCCAUGCUGCCGGCGUGGCCAAGGGUUUGGAGUAUCUGCACCACCAAGGUGUGGUGUACCGCAAACCCAUGAGUAGCUCGGACAUCUUGCUCGGAGAUGGCUACCACCCAAAGCUGUCGCAGUAUGGUUUGGCAAAGCUUCACCAGCUAGCUGCAGAGGAAGAGACCUUCACGCUAAGUACUAAUAUUGCCCCCGAGAUGUUAGCUACUGGGAGGGUGACCACCAAGUCGAACGUGUACAGCUUCGGCGGCGUGCUGCUGGAGUUGAUCACGGGACGGACCCCCUUCGACCCCGCCCAGGCCGUCGCCGAGGAUCGGAACCUUGGCAUAUGGGCCACACGGUUGAUGAAGGACAGGAGCCAGUUCCGCUGGAUGGCAGACCCGGCGCUGCAGGACCGGUAUCCGUCCAUGGAUUUGCACAAGGCACUGAAAGUUGCUUCCAUGUGCAUCCACCAACGGCCGGCCAUGAGAUCCCCCAUUGGCGCCGUCGUUGCAGCUCUGUCUCGCCUUGCCGCCUGCGACGAUCAUCCACCUGAAUCAUCACACCACGCGGCGCCUCGUUAA